UGUUCCUUUGACAACGACUUUAUUGAACUUAAGAAACAAAAAGAAGAAAGAGAAAGAAAUUACACCAACAAUUGAUGCGGAUUUGUUGGAAGAUAUCAACAAAGAAGUUUCAGAAACGGAAGAAGAAGAAGAGAGCGAACUUUCCAAACAAAGGAAAGCAUUGCAAGAACAACAGAAGAUGGUGCAAGCACUUCAGGAAAAGCUGCUACAACAGGAAAAGCAGCUGGAUCUGAUUGAACAAAAAAAGAAGGGUGGAGAAGGACAAAAAAAUUCCAGCAAAGAUCCUGAAAAGCAGGAAGAAACUGAAAAGAAAGAGCAUGAAGUAAAAGUGCAUGAAGAAGUGAAAGAACCUGAAAAAGAGGAGGCUGAGGUAAAAGUUCCAGAAGAGCUGGAUGAACCAGAAAGAAAAGAAAAGAAAACGAACUUAAAAAUUACUUUGAGAAAGAAAAAAGACGGAGAAGAAGCUGGUGAGGAACCUGAAAAAGCAAAGGGGAAGUCUAGGAAAUCAAUACCAAACAGGAAAAGGACAAGAAGUCAAUUGCUGAAAGAAGAAUUUCCCGAUCUUAUCAAAGAGGUAAAGCAGGAAUUGGAAGAGGCACAUAAGAAGAAGAGCUUGUUGCCUGCUGAGAAAAUUUCAACAAAAAAAGUUGCACCAAAUGCUAAGAAGGGGAAUGGAGUUACUUUGAAAAAGACUGCAGCACUUAAGAGGGGUAGCAAAGUUAAUCAGAUAGUUGUGAGGGAGGUUUAUGAAGACGAGGAAGAUGAAGAAGGAGGUGAAGAAGAAGGUGAAGAAGUAGAAGAGGAAAGUGAACCCUUAAUGAAGAAGGGGAAAAAAGUAGUUGAGAAGAGAGCAACAAGAAGUAAACAAAUUGUUGUUUCUGAUGAGGUCAUGGAGGUGGUGGAUGAUGAGAAACCAAAAUCUUUGGUUGUUGCCAAACCAAAACCUGAAGAAAGGAAACUAAAUCUAAGGCAAACUCCGCAAUUGAUGAUGCGAUUCUUGAGGGGAAUUGCAUCUAAUGAACCACAUGAUAUAAGAAAACAACAAGCCAUCGUGGAGUUAGGCUUUGGAUCUCUUCUGCAACUUGACAUCCCACAAAACGAAAAUCCAUUCCCGUACGAGUUGGUUAGGAAUUUCAACUCGUCCGACCGGUCCUUGCAUCUACCAAAGUCUUCCCUUGAUAUUACUGUAGAGGAUGUAUACCUGGUGUACGGUAUACCUAUUGGAGGAGCUCCGGUCGUGGAAUGGACUGAUGAACAAGAUCCUGAAGUGUUGAGGGUUUUUGCUGAAUUUUGGGCAUACUGGAAAGUGAAGUCUGGAUGCCCAAAAUUGAAAGAAAUGGUUGAAAAACUGAUCAAAGAUGAGACUCCAGUUGAUGAUAACUGGAAGAGAUCUUUCCUAGUGGUUGCAGUUAACACCUGCAUUAAAUCCACUACUAAUUUAUCGCCAAACUUCAGAUUCCUAGCAAGCACUGUUGACUUGGAGCAAGUGAGGAAUCUAAAUUGGUGCCAGUAUGCAUACACCAGCCUUCUUGGGGCAGCUAUGUACUGGAAUGUGGACCGUAGCAGAUGGUUUGCUGGUCCACUACCAUUUCUAAUGGUAUGUUAUUUCGAUCGGGUGCAGAUCAUGGAAGAGUACCCUCCAAGGAACUUCCCCCUAAUUUCUUGCUGGACAAGAGAUAUGAUAAGCAGCAGGGUACGCAAUGACAAUGCUACAGGCUUCGGACAUGGCUUGAUUCUGGACAGAAUUCAAGGUCCACCUGAGCUACAACUGUACAGGGAGGAGAUGGAGCUGCUCAAACAGCAAAAAGCACUCAGUGAACAACCACCACCACUUCUUCUUCAACACCCACAACAACAACAGCAGCAACAUGAUGAACAACCAUCGCAGCAACCACUGCAGCAACCACAACAGCAACAUCAACACCAAGAGCCUAACUGGUCCACAAAUGAUGUGCCCAGAGAACAUCAAGGUGCACCAGUGACUCAACUCGGGGAUGACAAAGAUUUGCCAGAGCAACAGGCAGACCCCAGUGAGAAAGCAAAAGUCCCUUCUACAAUUGAGGAAUUCCAUGCUGAAUUCACUAAAACCACUACUGAACUCAGUAGUGUCAUGAACAAGUUCAACGACUUAUUGUCGUUGUCCAGAAAGUUCUUUGACACUACUAUUGAUGUCAAAAAAAGUCUGCCAUUCAAUAUGGCAAAAAUGUGGUCAACAUGCUCUGGAACUGAAAUUCCAGUUACUUUUGAGAAGGGCAACUCUACAGAAGAGCGGCAAGAAGGAAGGAAUACUGAGGAGAUUGGUUCAAUCCUCAGUCAAGAUAAAGAAUUUUUCAGUUCAGACUACUUCACAAUACUAUUUGAGGAAGCAGUACGAAAGGCAACAGAAGGAAAUGAAAGAAAGGAAAUCGAGGAAUCUGAGGAUGUUCCAUUUGAUUUGCCACCAUUUUUAACACCUCCGAUCAUGCCUUCCCAGCCUAAUGUAUUUGCUGAUUUGACAUUGAAGCUUGGAAUGGUUUCCGAUUCAAAUCCUUCUCCUCAGGCACACGACUUUGAAGAGGAAAUGAGAUUAGAAGCAAUCUUGGCAAACAAAACUUUGACUGAACGUGAUUUGGAGACAAUUUCAGGGGACAACAAAGAUGAAGCUGAAAAACAACAGCCACCUACAGAAAAAACUGAAGAACCUGAAAAUGUGAGAUCAGAUAUGGAAGGUUUAAUCCAAGGAGCUGAAGAUGGAAAACCAAUGUCUCCAACCGUUAGAACUGAAGACUCCGAGUUUCAGACUAUGGAAGGUUUAAUCAAAGGAGCUGAAGAUGGAAACCCCAUGUCUCCAACUGUUAGAACUGAAGAAUCCGAGUUUAAGACUCCAACUGCCGUUGAGUCGCAGACUGAAAUGGAAACUCCAUCAAUAUUCCUGAACACUCCAAGUGCGGUGUACUCGCAACCAGAAAAUGCACCUACAUCUAUGAACAUAGAUGAGGAAGAGGAUCCAGAUAACGUACAAGUACCUAAACUUGUUAAGAGAAAGAAAAAUGUUCCCCUCAAGUUACUGUCACCCUUCUUAACUCAGUAUUCACACCUACUGGUUGGGGAAGAACAGUUGAAUCAAAAGGAAAAGGACAUGCGAUGCGUACUGGAUUAUGCCUUUGGAAAGGGAAGCCCAACUCAGGUGUUGUACACUGAUGAUUGGAAUAUAGUUACCAGAGAAGAGUUUCAAACCCUAGCUCCCAAUGUGUGGGUGAUGAAUAAUGUUAUUGACACUUUUGCAAGAAUACUGAAUGAUGAUCCAGAUCAAAGUGUCAAGAGUAACUUGAAGUUCUAUUUCUCUACAAUCCCUUUCAAUAUGCUCUGCCAGAAUGAACCGUAUGGUGGAUCACAGGAUAGUCAAGCAACCGAGGGCAAACGCUUAGAAAAUUUUAUUUUAAGUGUACGCCAUGAGUAUGUAACUGCUGGUGUGAAGUCUUUGAAGGGAUUCCAUCUGUUGUUCUUUCCAGUCUGGUCUGGUGAUCAUUUUUAUCUCAUUGUAAUCAACCAAAAGGCGAAGAAGGUGGAGAUCAUUGACAAUCUCUCCUUACCUGAAGGAAUUACAUAUGAUGAUAAAUAUAAAAUAUUUGCAGAAAGAACUUUUGAAGCAUGGACAAUAUUUUCUGAACAAGAAGGACAUCCUUUGCGGAAGGCACAGAUUUCAGCAUAUGAAAUUGUGUUGCUUGAAAUGCUAUGGAAGAACAGAACAAACAAGACUGAUUGUGGGGUAUAUGCAAUGAGGCAUAUGGAGACCUACAAAGGCAACCAGACUUGGAAUUGUGGCUUCAAAAACACAGAUGAAGAUAAAGACUUUAUUUGCAAGCUGAGAAUGCGGUACGGUACUGAAAUCUUAUUAUCCGUUCUGAACAAAAGGCAUGAGCUAAUGUAUCUGGCAUUGAAGAGAGCUAAUCAAGUUGAAUAG